GCGCCCCUUCUUUCAUCUAUCCAAGCUAGCUUAAAAGGAAUAAAGCUAAUUUGUUAACUUAUUUCUACAAAAUAAGUUUGGCAAAAUAUUGUUCCUUCUGCUGAAACAUGGCCACAUUCGCAGGGUUCAAUAUUGAAAGUUUGCUUACACCACCGAAAGGAGAUGGAGAGAUGCAGAAACCUAAAGUUGAACAGUUGAUGGGAAAACUAAGGAGACUGCAGAAAGAUAAAGAAUCUCUGGGUGAAGAAGUAAAGAAGUUUAAAUUGCUGAGGGACUCUUUGCGCAAGGAGUUGGUGACUUUACAAACUGAAGCUCACCAAGCAGAGGGAAUCCAAAAAGAAAAAGAAGAGUUGUGCAGAAAGAUGACGUUCCAGUGUAAGGAGUGUGACAAGGACACGGCCAGGCAGUUACAGCAAAGCAAGAUCAGCGAGGAGCUUUUGGCGCAGUAUAGAUGUGAAAUCCAGGAAAUCAAGCUCAAAUAUCGGAAGCUGUGGAUAAAGUCUGAAAACCAACUUCAACAACUGACUGAGCAGCACAAGACUCUGCACUCCAUCUUUACUCCAGCCAGACUCCCGGCUGAAAUAGAGAGCGCAGAGAAUGCAAACAGUCAGCUGUUAUCAGCUGAACAAAUGAAGCUGGAUCAGCUGCGUUGCCUCACUGAGCAGCUGGAGAAGGUGAAGAAACUGAAACAGCUGGAGACAACCCCUGCAGAGAGCCAGGUGGAGUAA